AUGGCGCACCGUGAAAGUGAUAGCAGCAACUCGACUGAUUUCGAAAGAAAUGUAAUUUUAUCGUGUUCUGAGAGCUCCUAUGAUCUUGAGGAAUCUGAUAGUGAAAGAGGGAGAUCUCCAUAUAAUUUUGCAGAAGGUCACGACAAUUUGCCGUAUAGGUGUCAACGUGGCACAUGCUCUUAUAUCAAUAUGGAAAAACCGGAAGAUGUGUUUGCUGCAUUGAGCUUGAGAGGACGCCGCAGAUAUACAGCCUAUCGUCAGUUUGUGCGCUGGAUAUGGGACUUCCUUGGUAAAAACAUCAGAGAACCGCUUCCUGCAUGUGUUGUCACACAAGUAAGACAGAGAUAUCCUUCACCAGAAUUUACAGGUUUCCUGGAUGUGGAGUCUGCUUCUUAA